AAAUAUGAACACAUUUGUGUUUCUUCAGAUCCACCCACAUCUACACUGACUGUGACACCAGACAGAUCUGUAUUCACUGGAGAGACAGUCAGUAUUAAGUGUGAGAUAGAGACUUACAGUAACUGGAGACAGAGAAAUUAUCUGACAUAUGACUGGAGAAAUGACUGGAGAUAUGAGUGGUAUAAAGGCAACAGAGACAGUGUGUUACAGACGUCUGAGCAUUACACUGUAAACGGAGACACUCUCAGUAUUGUUGGAGCUGUUACAUCUGAUCAGGAUCAGUACUGGUGUAGAGGACAGAGAGAUGGAAGACCAAACUCAUCACAAUCAAGCUCUCUUUCUCUCUCUGUGAAGGAUAAACCGAAGCCAAAUCUGACUGUAAAGCCCCAGAGUUCAAUGUUAACUGGAGACACAGUUACUCUCAGCUGUGACGUGGGACAGUCAACUGGAUGGACGUUUCUCUGGAGGAAAGACUCAAACCCUGAAUUCAUUGAUCAUUCAACUAAAACAAUCAGUUCUGUGAGAGUCUCUGAUGGAGGAACAUACCAGUGCAGAGCAGAGAGAGGAAAAUACUACACAGAGAUCAGUGAUACAAUUAAGAUAACAGUAAGAGAGAGACCCAAACUGCGUGUUCAGCCUGAUGUUCGUGUGUUCAGAGGAGAGACGGUCACUCUCACAUGUGACAUACAGGAGGCAGGAGUCUGGCGGUACAACUGGUAUAAAGAUCAUUACAGCAGAGGACAAGACCAGAUCUAUUACAGUACAGGACAAGACAAGAACUAUAUAAUCACAUCUGUGGAUCAGUCUCAUGCUGGUGUGUACAGCUGUAGAGGAAACCAGACUGAAGCCCCACAGCACUCAGAGUUCAGUGAUGGAGUUACACUGACAGUAUCAGGUCUAAAGCCAAAGCCUGAACUCACAUCAGAUCCUGCAGGAGCUGCACUGACAGGAAACACAGUGACUUUGACCUGUCGCAUGGAUCCGUCUACUGGAUACUGGGACCUUUACUGGUACAAACACACACUGAACCCUGAGACAGAGAAGAGAGAAACAAACUCCUACAGACUGAAGAUUGAUUCAGUGUCUGAUGGAGGCCAGUACUGGUGUAGAGCUGGAAGAGGGAAACCAGUCUAUUACACAAACUACAGUGAUGCACUGUGGGUCAAUGUUACAGCUGAAGCUCAGGCAGCAGUGCGAGUGUCUCCACAGCCGUGGCUGACUGAAGGAGAAUCAGUGACUCUGAUCUGUGAGGUUUCAGGCUCCUCUACAGGCUGGACGUUCAGCUGGUUCAGAGAUCAUGAUCAUCUGUCAGACAGCAGCAGAGGAGCUGGAGGAUCUUACACUCUCAGUCCUGCUGCUCUACAGCACACAGGAGUUUAUACGUGCAGAGCAGAGAGAGGACGACCAGCCUAUUACACACGACACAGCAGCACACAGCCACUGUGGGUCACUGUGUCUCUGGUCAUCAAUCCCAGCAGAAGUCAACACUUCUCAUCUGACUCUCUCUCUCUGAGCUGUGAGGAUCAGACACAUCUGACACUGGAGUGUACUGGUGUCAGUCUGAAUCUGGAGAGAAACGUCAUCCUCGAAACAUCACUGUACAUGAUGGUGAAGUGA